CAGGACCUCAAGCUUUAGAGUAUGACCAACACUCCAGUCCAAUCUCUCACCCCUCCCUUCUCUCUUCCCACUUAAAAAAAAACCCUAGAGGUGUGCGAGCGCGUAUGCCUAUGUCACUCUACCCGACUGGAACAGACGCUAGCGCUUCAAAGUGGCGAGUGGAGAGGGCAGGGAGAGAAGACGAAAAGACGCACACUCUUGCCUUUGGAUUUGACAAUCCCUUUUUUUGUAUCUGGGAAUUUUUUCAGUAUUUCUGCAGAUUGCUUUCUGUAGGGCCUGCUUUUUGUUGGCCAUUUCAUGUAUCUUGGGUCUGUUCACAAGUGAACUGAAGGGGGAGCGACUACCCGACGGGGCGAGACGCAGGCACCGGAGUGAAUCCGCGUCGGACACUGUCAAAGUCAUGCCGGCUGGAUUUCAGCAGCUGGGAGGGGAGAGAAUUACUGGAACCCUCGCCCUCUCUGUGUUCACUGCUGUUUUAGGGUCUCUUGAAUUCGGGUACAACAUCGGAGUCAUCAAUGCUCCUCAACAGAUCAUUGAACAAGACUAUAAUGCCACCUGGAUGCACAGGUAUUCUGAGCCCAUUCCCCAUGGCACGCUCACAUCUCUCUGGUCUCUCUCCGUGGCCAUCUUCUCUAUCGGGGGCAUGUUCUCCUCCUUCAGUUUGGGAGUCGUCUCCGAGUGGCUCGGAAGGAGGAAAGCCAUGCUCAUCAACAAUCUCUUCGCAUUCAUUGGUGGAGCCCUAAUGGCGAUGUCCAAACUCUGUCAGUCAUUUGAGAUGAUGAUUUUGGGCAGAUUCAUAAUCGGGGCAUACUGUGGGUUGGCAUCUGGGUUGGUGCCCAUGUAUGUGGGAGAGAUCGCGCCAACCAGCCUAAGAGGGGCAUUAGGCACACUGCAUCAGCUGGCUAUUGUCACUGGGAUUCUUAUCGCCCAGGUAUUGGGCUUGGAGUCUCUGUUAGGUACCAAGGAGCUUUGGCCUGUGCUGGUGGGUUUGACAGUAUUGCCGACAGUCCUACAGAUGGCGCUGUUGCCCUUCUGCCCGGAGAGUCCGCGUUUCCUCUACAUCGUGCGCUGCCAGGAGCACCAUGCCAAAAGCAGUUUGCGGAGGUUAACUGGCCGACUGGAGGUAGCUGAGGACCUGGCGGAGAUGAAGGAGGAGAAGAGGAGGAUGGACAUGGAGAGGAAGGUGUCCAUCCUGGAGCUCUUCCGAUCGCCCUUCUAUCGGCAGCCAAUCAUCAUUGCGAUCCUGCUACAGCUGUCUCAGCAACUGUCCGGGGUCAACGCUAUCUUCUACUACUCAACCAGCAUCUUCCAGAAGGCAGGUGUUGCGAGUCCUGUGUAUGCCACCAUAGGGGCUGGUGUUGUGAACUGCGCAUUCACUAUAGUGUCGCUCUUCCUGGUGGAGAGGAUGGGCCGCCGAACGUUGCACAUGCUUGGACUCGGUGGAAUGUGCCUUUGUGCAGUUGUCAUGACGAUAGCCCUCGCCCUAUUGGACAGUGUACCGUCGAUGAGCUCCAUAAGCAUGCUGGCCAUCUUUGGCUUUGUGGCGUUUUUUGAGGUGGGACCAGGCCCAAUCCCCUGGUUCUUUGUGGCCGAGCUCUUCUCGCAGGGUCCGCGGCCGGCAGCCAUGGCCGUAGCGGGCUGCUCCAACUGGACAGCCAACUUCUUCAUUGGCAUGUUCUUUCCAUACGUCGCUCACCUUUUAGGCCCGUACGUGUUCCUCAUCUUCGCGAUACUCCUCCUCUUCUUCUUCUUCUUCACCUACUUCCGAGUGCCAGAGACACGGGGGAAGACAUUCGACCAGAUCUCCGCCUGCUUUCAGCACAAUACUCCCACUAUGAUGGACAUGGACAUGGAUAUGGACAUGGGUAUGGGCAAGCCAAGCACGGAACUGGACUAUUUGGGAGGGGAUGACGAAGCCAACUGACGCCUGAACUAGAGAGUGAGACAGAAGAAGGGAGAAAUGUAGUUGUAUAACUUGGUCUGGUAUAAUCUUGAAUGGAGAAAAAAAUCUGGUAUACUUUGGAGGGAUGGGGAGGGACUUGUACAGUUAUAGCAAACAAAUACCCAUAGAUGUACAAGGCAUUAACCAACUGUCAUGGAUGUGGUUAUGGGUACCGAGUGAGUGAGUAUUCAUGUGUAUUUUUAAGUAUGAGUGGAAAUGCUAACGAUGGGGAGAUGAGGAUUCUUGCACUUUAUUGACUUCCAAGGUCUCCACAGAAAAGGAUAAUGACUGAGCAAAACACAAAAUCACUACUAUGCAGCAUUACUAUUGUGAUGUACUGUUCCAUGCAACUGUUCUAGGAGCAGUUCAUCUGGGUGUGUAGACUGAAUCGACUACAUAGCGUUACUGUAGUGAUAUGUUGUUCCAAGCAGCUUUUAGGAAGUUUCUAUUAGUUUUGAUGUAUCUUUCAAAAAAGCCAAACUGGUCUUUGACCGCUGACAACCGUUUUUAAUGAUAUGGUUUUUAAUACUAUCAGCCAGGGAGCCAACAGCGAGGUCUUAUCACUGCACCUCUGAUAGAAAGAUUACACCUUAGAUCAUCCCAAAUUCCUUUUUCUAACAGGCAUUCACAAACAUAGUCACAAGCUUCCAUACAUUUUAAGAGAUGGUUUAUGGUUUUCCGGUUAUGAUUUUUUUUUACUUAAAGUAUAUAUAAGUGAAGUGAAGUAUAUAUCUAGAAUGAGGUGUGUCAGACUUUGGAAAGUUAACUCAGUCAAUU